AUGAAAAUCUGUUUUCUGAUUCUUCUGGCUGCUUCAGGCAUAUUGGUACAAUCAGCCAAUCCCCGGUUACGCGCUCUUUGGAAUUUGGAAGAAGUUGCCGAGUGUGAGCUUCAUUACAACGCUUUACAUUACAACAAUUACGGAUGCUGGUGUGGAAUCGGAGGAUCUCAUGAGCCGGUAGAUGGAAUCGAUGAAUGUUGUAUGCAUCAUGACAAAUGCUACGAUGCUGCUGUUGAUAACAAGAUCUGUAUGGAUGUGGAAAUCGAAUACGUCGACGACUACUCGUGGCAAUGUCUGAACUCAACUGCUAUCUGCUCAGAAAAGAAUGCUGGGUGCAAGGCGGCUCUUUGUGAAUGCGAUAAGAUUGUUGUAGAAUGCUGGAAAAAGUUUCCAAAACCAGAGAAAAAGGCGAAAUGUAACAGAACUCUUUGGGCAGAGAUUACAAAGCACUUCCAGCAUUAA